UGUAUAGGUGGAAUAUUCAUUGUGAACCUAACAAUGCAAUCACGCUAAAAAAUGCUGAAAUUUUAUACGUUGUCUGUAUAAAUGAAUUUUAUUAAAAAUGUAUCGUGUACUUAACAUUGAUAAGCUCAUUUUCUUAUUUAAAGAAUGAGAAUUAGAUUUUAUACAUCUAAUCACAACACAAUCAAAACUUUAAAUUAUAAUCAACUAAAUACCGAUACUUUUACUCAUUAAUGAAUUCAUUUUUAUAAAUUUCAAAAUAUCUUUACUUUCAUUUGAAGUUAGUCCGUGAUAAAAAUUAAAUGUUACCUAUUUUUCUUUCAUAAACAAAUGGUAUUCAAAGCAUUUUACGGCAUUUGAACAUAUUCAACUAAAAAAUAAACGUACCUAAAUGGUCAUUGGGAUCAUAACAAAGCUUUCUAAACAAGCCAACAGAGGGCUACGUAGCGUAACUGAUUCCUACAAAUUUUACUAUACCAACUUUCUUCCAAAAUUCCGUUCUAUAAAAUGUAAAUCCUUAUAAUUACAAUUUUUAAGUAAAUUCUUAAUAAUAACUGUGCCCUUAUAACUUACCUAGACCUUUUAAAUACUUUUGCUUAUUGUAUAAAACAAGGUGCCGAACUGCUUCCCCUCAAGUUAGUGACUUCUGAUCAGCGAUUCCUUUUCUACCUUCACUUUCGGAGCUGUACGAAGCUGUGUACGUGAACAGUUCUAUGAGUGUUCAGUACAAGCAGGGAAAAGUAGAUAUGGAGAGGGUAAUUCUUCGUGAGGGGAAAGACCCUAGAGAUUUCGUCAACUUCCAGUUCGACACCCCUGAGCUAUACCGACUCGUUUCGAUAAUUAAGUUUUAUAUAUUAAAAGGAUGAAGCUGUCUUAAUUAAUUUCUGAAAGUUUCAUUUGUGUUUUUUAAAAUAUUUUGUAUACAAAUUUGUAAUUAAAAUUGUUAAAAAUUUGUAAUCAAUUUUGCUACAUCUGUGUUCAUACGCUUAUAUAGAUAGUGUAACUUUAAUGUCAAACGUUACUCUUUCUCAAUAGGUAGAAAAAAUAAUUCUUUUUACUUCGAAAUAUAAAUUUAGCAUAGAAUCAUUCUUAAUCUUAUUUGCCAUAAGUUAAAGGCAUUAUAAAAACGUAAAAGGUUUAUGUGUUCAAAAAUCGUAAGAAUGAAAUUGUAAAAUGAAAUAAUGAAUAAGUUCCCAUUAUUUGAUAUGUGUUUCCUUUCUACGUCGCAUAAAAUAAAUGCAGUAUACCGGUUAUUAUUCAUAAUUUGAAUUUGUAGUUUUGUUUACGGUGUGUAAAUACAUUUACAGAACUAUAUUUUCAUAUAUGUGUAAUUUACUGUUUGCAUUUCAAAAUGUACAUAAAAUCUAUGGUAUUAGAGGGAUUCAAAUCAUAUGGAAAAAGAAUUGAGAUAAAUGGUUUUGACAAAGAGUUCAAUGCAAUCACAGGAUUCAAUGGUAGUGGGAAAUCAAACGUUUUGGAUGCAAUAUGUUUUGUUUUAGGUAUUUCAAAUCUUAGCCAGGUCCGUGCAACAUCAUUACAAGAUUUAGUUUAUAAGUCUGGUCAAGCAGGUAUUAAGAAAGCUAGUGUUACAAUAACAUUUGACAAUCAUGAUAGAAAUUCCUCUCCAAUGGGAUAUGAACAUCACGAAGAAAUAACAAUUACAAGACAAGUUGUAAUUGGUGGUAAAAAUAAAUAUUUGAUUAAUGGAUCCAAUGUUCCAAACAAACGUGUGCAGGAUAUGUUUUGUUCUGUUCAAUUGAAUGUAAAUAAUCCUCACUUUUUGAUCAUGCAAGGAAGAAUUACAAAAGUUUUGAAUAUGAAACCUACAGAAAUUUUAUCUAUGAUAGAAGAAGCUGCAGGUACACGAAUGUAUGAAAAUAAAAAGGAGGCUGCUUUAAAAACUAUAGAAAAGAAAGACAGCAAAUUAAGGGAAAUAAACGAUAUUUUGAAAGAAGAAAUAGGACCAAGGUUAGCAAAACUCAAAGAGGAAAAGACACAAUAUGUGGAGUUUCAACGCAUAGAAAGGGAAUUAGAACAUAGCAAAAGAAUUUGUCUUGCUUGGAAAUAUGUGAAUGCUAUAAAUGAAAGUGAAAAAGCAGAAGGAAAUGUACAAGCUGUUAAGGAUAAAAUAGAUGAAAAAACAAAAAGUAUUGCACUUGGUGAAGAAGAAAUUAAAAAUAUAGAUAAAGAAUAUGAUGAUAUUGUCAAAACAAGAGAUACAGAAAUGGGAAGCCAAUUACAAACAUUAGAAAAGGAAUUAGGAGAAGCAGAGAAAAAGCAAUAUAAGUUAUCAGCUGAAGUUAAUAGUAGCAAAGAAAGUAAUAAAGCUGCUAAAAAGGCUGUGGAACAAUUGAAGACUAACAUAGAUGAUGAUGAAAAGGCUUUUAAAUCAAAACAGGAAGAGUAUGCUAAAGUUGAAGGUCUUUUUAAGCAAUUGAGAGAGACAGAUCAACAGGAUUGUAAUGCAUUACGGGUUGCACAAGAGAAAUAUCAAAAAAUUACUUCUGGUUUAUUGGAAAGUCAAGAUGGUGAAAAUGCAACAUUAGAACAACAAUUAAUAGCAGCGAAACAAGCAGCGACGGAAGCACAGACAGAGUAUAAACAAUGUGAAAUGACAUUAAAUCAUAAUAGGGAACAAUUAAAGAGGAAGAAAAUAGACCUAAAAAAUACCGGGAAUGAAUAUAAAAAAUAUACUAAAGAUCUUGAAGAUAAAGAGAAAGAUCUAAAAAAUUUGGAAAAUGAACUAAAGAAACUUAAUUAUCAAGAUGGAACUGCAGAACAAUUAAAACAGCAAAGGCAUACAUUGAAAUCUGAAAUAAGAGUAUUAGAAGAAAAAGUAGAUUACUUUGAAUCCAGACAUCCGCAAAUUAGGUUUGAAUAUCAAAAACCUGAGCCUAAUUUCAAUUCUAAUUCUGUAAAAGGAGUGGUUUGUAAACUAAUUACAGUCAAGGAUAAACGAGCUGCAUAUGCUUUAGAUAUUGCUGCAGGAGGAAAGUUGUAUAAUGUAAUAGUCGAUACAGAAACUACUAGUAAAAAAUUGCUUCAACGUGGACAAUUACGAACACGUGUUACUAUUAUUCCUUUGAAUAAAGUAAACGGAAGAGCAAUGGACAAUCAAAUAAUUCAUUUGGCCCAAAAGAUAGGCGGAGUUGAGAAUGUACAACCGGCAUUGUCUCUUAUAGAUUUCCCGGAACAAACUCUGUCAGCUAUGACUUGGAUUUUUGGACAAAUCUUUAUCUGUAAAGACAUUGAAACUGCUAAGAAAAUUGCAUUUCACGAGAGAAUUAUGAAGAAAUGUGUUACCUUGGAGGGCGAUGUUGUUGAUCCCGCUGGUACCUUAUCUGGUGGUGCAGCAUCAAAGUCAGGUUCUAUGUUAUUAAAGAUAGAAGAGUUAAAUGCUAUACAAAAAGAGUUGAAUAGUAAACAACAAAGUUUUCAAGGGAUUGAGACUACUCUGGCAAGUGUGGCUAAUGUUGCGGAAAACUAUAUGUCAUUGAAACAAAAAUUUGAUUUACGGAAUUAUGAAAUCGGUAUGGUAAAACAAAGAUUAGAACAAACAGUUUAUUAUAAAAUAAAAGAAGAGAUUGAUGAAUUAGAGAAAAGUAUUCAAGAACUUUUAGAAAAAAUGGCAACAGCAGAAAAAAAUGAAAAGGCAAGUUCUAAACGCGCUGAAGAACUAGAACACCAAUUAAAGGAUUCAGCUAAUAUUCGCGAAAAGCAAUUGAAAGAAGCCGGGAAAGAAUUAGAAAGAUUGAAGAAAAAGGCAGAGAAUAGUCGUAAAGAGUGGCAAAAACGAGAACAGGAAGCAGAAACACUUGAAUUAGAAAUUAAAGAAUUACAAAAGAGUAUUGAAACUGGCAAAGAACAGUUACAAUCUUCAGAAGAAAAAUUAAAAGCGCAAAAAGAAACAGCAAAUACAUUAGAAGAAGAAUUAAAUGAAGCAAAAAACAAUGUGAAACAAUUACAGUCCAAAGUAAAAGAACAGAAAGACAUUAUUAAUAAACAGAAUGUUAAAAUGCGGAAGCUCAUGGCGAAAAAAGAAGAUAUUAUAAAACAAAACAAAGAUGCAGAGUUAGAUAUUAAAAAGUUAAGUCAUGAGAUUAAUUCAAUAAAAAGUUGUGCUGCAGAUUGCAAACAAAAGGUUUUGGAACUUCUACGUAAAUACGAAUGGAUUGAACAAGAUAAGAUAUAUUUUGGGAAAGCAGGUGGUAUUUACGACUUUGAAGUAAAUAAACCUGAUAAAAUGGAAGAAAAAGUACACAGGCUACAGACAUUACGUGAAAAGUUAAGUCGGAACAUUAAUACACGCGCUAUUAGCCUACUCGAUAAAGAAGAAGAACAAUAUAAUGAAAUGAUGAAGAAAAAGAAAAUAGUUGAAAGUGAUAAAAACAAAAUAUUAGAAACCAUUAAACAUUUGGAUGAAAAGAAAAGAGAAACAUUGCUUAAAGCUUGUGAACAAGUAAAUAAAGAUUUCGGGUCGAUAUUUAGUAGUUUGUUACCGGGAGCUGAUGCAAAAUUACAGGCUCCUGCAAAUCAAACAGUCACGGAGGGUUUAGAAGUAAAAAUCGCGUUUUCUGGUAUUUGGAAAGAGUCACUUGGAGAAUUAUCUGGAGGUCAGAAAUCUCUAGUAGCUUUAUCUUUAAUUUUAGCUAUGCUUUUAUUCAAACCCGCGCCUCUUUAUAUUUUGGAUGAAGUUGAUGCUGCUUUGGACCUCUCUCAUACAGAGAAUAUUGGUGUCAUGUUGAAAAAACACUUUAAACAUUCACAAUUUAUUGUUGUAUCAUUGAAAGAUGGUAUGUUCAACAAUGCUAAUGUAAUAUUUACUACUAAAUUUGUUGACGGAAUGUCAACAAUAUCUAGGAGUCACAAAGUAAGAAAUAAGUGAAUAUAGAUUUAAGGUAACAUAGAUUUACUUGUAUAAAUAAAUUAAUAUUUUUUCUACCUAUAAUGAAAAAUUACAUAUUUUAAUAUAUUACCUAAUAAUUAGUUUUUACGUAACUAUUUCUGUACAAUAAUGUGGGAUCAGAACAUUUCAGAACCUUAGGAUGCAGUUUUAAAAAAAUUAAGAAAAAAGGCAUUGUUUUAUAAGAACUUUUUUCCACAAGAUCUUCAAAUACUAAACUAAUUUUUAUACAUUAAGUUUUAAAUAAUCUUACAAUGACUCGCGAUUAUUAAACAUAAUCAAUACAUUAAAUUCCUUACGGAAAAAGUUAAAUCUGAAACAUAAUAAUUUAUUGUGAAAUGUUUCUGAAGUGUUCGUUUUUUAAGCAUUUAAGUACAUAAGUAUACAACGAAACUUGUCUAAAUAUACAUAUAUAUAUAUAUUUUUUUUUUCUUUACGAAAGAAUUAUCUGAAGUUGUUUUUUGGGGACUUCACAGGUGGUAAAGUUUCUUACCAAUCAUAGAAUGUAUCUACCAAACUUGACCAAUCAAUUUCUUUAAAGAAGGGGUGUUGCUUUAUCUCGGAUAUUGUCAACCUUUCACUUGGCUCAUGUUUUAGUAGCUGAAAAUUUUUGAAAUUUGUUGCAGACGUGGAACAAAAUAUAUUUACAAUUAAAACACUAUCUAGAAACUUACAUUAAGUAGCAAGGAUUUCGCAUUCUCCGACAGUUUG